CCCCUCUGUCUCUCUCUCUCUCUCUCUCUCUCUCUCUCUCUCUCCAUCACUACGUAAUAAACAGUGGAGCAGGCAGGGUUGGGGCAACCACCCCGGCCCACUUCGGAAUCGUCGCCGGAGCCAUGACCUUCGCCAGUGUCGCUGCCGCCAUCUUCACGGUCUUCAUCCUCAUCAAGUUCCUCCGCCGCAGUCGCGUUUCCAAUCUUCCGCCGGCUGUGCCCGGGUUUCCCUUGAUUGGGAAUUUACUCCAGCUGAAGGACAAGAAACCUCACCAGACGUUCAUGAAAUGGGCGCAGAUUUAUGGCCCGAUUUAUACCAUCAAGACGGGCGCUUCCACAAUGGUGGUUCUAAAUUCGACUGGGGUUGCCAAAGAGGCAAUGGUGGCAAAAUAUUCAUCCAUCUCAAAUCGGAAAUUGUCGAAGGCAUUGACAUUGCUCACUUCAAAUAAACGCAUGGUUGCUAUGAGUGACUAUGGAGAGUUCCACAAAAUGGUGAAACGCUACAUAAUGACUAGUUUGUUAGGUGCAAAUGCUCAGAAGCAAAACUGUGGUAUCAGGGAGACACUGAUUAAUAAUGUGGUAAAAUAUCUGUAUUCGGAUUUGAAAGAUAACCCUAAUGAUGUGGUAAACCUCAGAAAGCCAUUUCAGGCGGAGUUAUUCCGAUUAGCCAUGAAGCAAGCUUUGAACCUGGAACCAGAAUCCAUUUAUGUAGAGGAACUUGGGAAGGAAUUUUCAAAGGAAGAAAUAUUCAAUGUGUUGGUGGUAGACCCUAUGAUGGGUGCCAUAGAGGUGGACUGGAGGGACUUUUUCCCUUACUUGAGAUGGGUCCCUAAUCGAACCUUUGAAAUUAGGCUGAAGAGAAUGCUCACGCGCAGGGCAGCAGUGAUGCAAGUUCUGAUUACAAAAAGAAAGAACAGUAGACAAUCCGAAGAGGAGAUAAGCUGCUAUUUGGACUUUCUACUGUCUCAGAGCACUUUGAGUGACGAAGAGAUAAUGUCAUUAGUAUGGGAAGCGGUAAUUGAAGCAUCCGAUACAACUUUAGUCACAACAGAAUGGGCUAUGUUUGAGCUAUCUAAGAAUCCAAAUAAACAGGAACGUCUCUACCGAGAAAUUCAACAAGUAUGUGGGUCUGAAAAGGUUACCGAUGAGCAUUUGUCACGGCUGCCCUACUUGACAUGUGUGUUCCAUGAGACCCUAAGACGGCAUUCCCCUGUUCCUAUAGUACCUCUCCGGUAUGCCCAUGAAGACACCCAGAUCGGAGGAUUCAACGUCCUUGCGGGAUCUGAGAUUGCCAUCAAUCUCUACGGAUGCAAUAUGGACAAGACGCAAUGGGAUGAACCUGAUGAAUGGAAGCCUGAGAGGUUUAUAGACAGCAAAUAUGAGCAAAUGGACAUGUACAAGACAAUGGCCUUUGGAGCUGGAAAGAGGAUUUGUGCCGGAUCUCUGCAGGCGUCGUUGAUUGCAUGCACUGCCAUCGGGCGUUUCGUGCAGGAGUUCGAGUGGAGGCUGAAGGAAGGAGAAGAGGCUAAUGUCGUCACUGUUCAGCUCACAAACCUUAAGCUUGAACCUAUGCUUGCAUACAUAAAGCCCAGAAGCACCAACGAUUCGUGCCUUUGAUAGUCUUAGCGUUGAAUUACGUCGAGAUAUGCAUGUGUUUGAUGAUGCGACUCCGAAGGAAAAUUGGAGAUGUACAAAUUAACAAUGAAUAUAAUUAUAUAAAUAAAAGCAUACUUUGAAUGCUUGUAAUAACUUAGUCAUCUGACUAAACGAUUUUAUAAAUGGUUUGCUAAUAAUUAUAUGAGUUGUUAAUUCCAA